AUGGAACAACUGUUCACCGGCUACUUCCUUAGUAGUUGGAGAAUUGCUAAAACUAUGGGCCAUCUCAUGAGUAUGGUGCAAGGAGAGUAUGAGACUCUAAAGAAAUUCAUGCACUUCUUCAACACGGCAACCUUAGAAAUCCGCAACCUAGACAUGGGGGUGGCUUUAGCAGCCUUGACAACGACUCUUCAGCCCAAAAGUUUCUUAUACUCUCUAGGGAAAAAGGCACCAGUGGAUAUGGGGGAGUUAAUGGCUCGAGCACAGAAAUACAUCAACCUGGAGGAGAUGAUGGACAUAAGAGGAAGUCGCAUAGAAUGGAAAAGGAAAAGUAGUAGCAGGGAGACGAGAGAAUCCUAUAGAUCCACGAAAAGACAAGAGACUAGUACACUACAAGCAAGCCCAAAGAUAAGAGGGCAACCCAGUAAGUUCUCCACCUACACACCCCUGAAUGUACCGCACUCUGAAUUACUGAUACAGAUCAGAAAGAAGGACUAUGUCUCGUGGCCCGAACCCAUGCAAACACCUCUUCACAAGCGAAACAUGUCCAAGUUCUAUGCAUUCCAUAGGGAUCAAGGCCAUGACACAAAGGAAUGUAUCCAGUUGAAGAAAGAAAUCGAAGCCCUAAUAAGAAGGGGAUACCUGCCAAAUUUUAUAAAGAAAGAAAAUCUACAAAGGGAACCUCUCGAGCAGAGGAGGCCCAACAUAAAAGAGAAGGAAGAGCAGGUCGUAGGGGAAAUUAUGGUGAUCUUCGGAGGAUCCGUUAAUGGAGGAGAUAGUGGGGGUGCUCGUAAAAUAUAUGCUAAACAGGUGCUCUCGAUGGAGAAGGGGGAAACAAGUAACAAACGAAACAAAAAAGAUGACGACAUAACCUUUGACAGCAGAGACGAAGAAGGGGUACAACAACCACAUGAUGAUGCACUGGUGCUCUCCCUACUGGUGGCGAAUUACAAAGUCAGACGCAUAUUGAUAGACAAUGGGAGCUCAGCAAACGUCAUGUUCUGGUCGGUCCUGGUCAGAAUGAAAAUCGCCGCAGAGAUGCUAGGCAUCGAUCUUGCAGUCAUGGAGCAUAGGCUGCAGGUCAACCCCAACUACCGACUUGUGAAACAAGAAAAAAAAGAGUUUCGCAAUGGAGUGGAUCAAGAUAAUGGAUGA